GUCCAAAAACCUGAAAGUUUUUCUUAAAAAAAAAAAAAAAACCCCUAAAGUUGAAGAGCCCUAAUUUUCUUCUUCGCUCCUCUCUUCUACCUCUGCCCAUGCAAGCUUGGAGGCACAGCCAAUAAUAACAGAAAAAUGGAGCAGAGAUUGGCUAAUACAUGGAAGAUGACUGUGAAUGAGAAGAAAUUCAUUGAGACUGCUUUGGUAGCGGACAUUAGAGUUGAUGGUCGGCGUCCAUUUGAUUAUAGACGGCUAACUAUCAAGUUCGGUAGAGAAGAUGGUUCAUCAGAGGUGCAGCUUGGCCAGACUCAUGUUAUGGGUUUCGUAACUUCCGAACUAGUUCAACCUUAUCGAGAUAGGCAAAAUGAAGGGACCCUUUCAAUCUUCACCGAGUUCUCUCCAAUGGCUGAUCCUUCAUUUGAAGCAGGUCGUGCUGGAGAAUCUGCUGUGGAGUUGGCACGCAUCAUAGACCGUGGUCUGAGGGAAAGCCGGGCAGUAGAUAUGGAAUCACUUUGCGUUAUUGCUGGGAAGCUAGUGUGGGCCAUUCGCGUUGAUCUCCACAUUCUGGACAAUGGGGGAAAUCUUGUUGAUGCUGCCAACAUUGCUGCUUUGGCUGCUCUCUCGACAUUCCGGCGGCCUGAAUUUACAUUAGGUGGUGAAGGUGGUCAGGAAGUGAUAAUACAUCCACCUGAGGUGAGGGAGCCGCUUCCUUUGGUAAUCCAUCAUUUCCCUAUAGCAGUAACCUUUGGAUUUUUUGGUGAUGAUAACAUUGUGGUAAUAGACCCAACCCAUAAGGAAGAGUCCGUUAUGGGGGGAAGAAUGAUUGCUACACUCAACACAAAUGGGGAUAUUUGCGCCAUUCAGAAAGCUGGAAGAGUGGCCAUCAUGCACACAGUCAUCAUGCAGUGUUUGAGAAUAGCUUCUGUGAAGGCUGGUGAUAUAACAAGCAAGAUAAAAAAUGCCGUUGAAUCAUACAACACUGAAAGGGCACUGAGGAAGAUCAAACGUCACUCUUCUGCUGCUUUGGAUGUUCAUAAACCUGUUGCUGACUGGGAGACCCAGAACCAAUCCGUUGAUCAAAAGCGAAUGAGUGAUUUGCCAGGGCAUCAAGAGAGGUUAAAGCCGAUAUCAAAGGAAAGCGGAGUCAGUCAGAGCAAUAACAUGGAAGAAGUGUUGACACCCAAUAAGCCGCCAGAAGAGUCGACAGACGAGAAGCCCUCUGAAACUGAAUCUGACCAACUUAAUGCCGAUAUUAUGCCAGCCCAUUCCCCCGAUGGGGCAGUGGGAACUGUAGUAGAGACAAACAGAAAAAAUACUUUAGCAGAUGCAGUGAAGCCCAAGCACAAGAGGAAAAAGAAGUCAUCCUCCAACAUUGAUGCAAGUUAGCUGAACAAAAUCUUUUCUAGAUCCUCGCUUAUGUUUCUUUGCCGUUCUGUUAUACCCUAUGCAAUCCAUGUGGAGUUAUAAAUGUUUCCGAAGUUGCAUGGCGCGUUUUGUCUUGUUUACUUGGAAAAAGACACCAUAGAGGAAACGCCUGCAGUAUUAAUCUUCAUUCGGGGUUUUGUUUUCUGCAAACUCAAGGAUUUCCUCGUCUUCGAAAAAACAGAGUGUAGUAGUUCUAGCGGUUGGCAUAACCCUAAGUUAUAUUUUGUAGCAUUAUUAGAUGGUGGUUUUACGAUGAAACAUGCUUGUUUUUUUAUACAUCAAACUGCUGAACGAUAGUUUGAAUCCCAGUUGAAACAUCGACAUUGGUGUACUAUUUAAGUGAGAAACUAGUAGGUCAGUUGUUGUUCGGUUAGAACAUUAGUGGGCUUCCAAGUUAAAAUUUCGUUGUUCUAGUCAGGUGGGCUUCCAAGUUAAAAUUUCGUUGUUCUAGUCAGGUACACCCUGUAUGAUCUGAUUGAGUUUGUGUUGUAUCUUUUGCUCUCUC